CAAUUCAACUAUUCCUUUUCUCAGUUACAUUAAUUUUAUACCACGCAAUCUCAAUUUUCAUCUCUCACGAAGAAAUCAUGCCUCGCCGAAGCAGUGGCCGUAGCUUUGGACGUCUGUAUCCUCUUCGCGGUGGAUCAUCAUGGUCAGCCCCUCGCCCUGCUGCUAGCACUCCUAGGCCUGCUCCAGUUCAAGAUCCAGCUCCUCCCCCUGCACCACCGAAGAGCGCACCUGUGGGUGGAGGACUCGGUUCAGUAGUUGCUGAAGGAAUGGCUUUUGGUGGUGGAAACGCAAUUGCCCAUCGGGCAGUAGACUCUAUGCUGGGUCCUCGUACCAUAAUACAUGAGUCUGUGGCUUCCUCUUCUCCUGCUCCUGGCCCAGAAGCCGCAACAAUGAAUACUCUUGGAGGAUCUGAUGCAUGUGGUGUUCAAUCUAAGGCCUUCCAAGAUUGCCUAAACUAUCAUGGAACUGAUAUCAGCAAGUGUCAGUUCUAUCUGGACAUGCUGUCUGAAUGCCGCAAAGGCUCUGGUGCUGGCUCGAGCAUUUAGACUUUAAUGAUGUGCGUGACAAUCUGAAAGUUGUGCUAUGAAGUAAUUAGGUUUUCUGACGUUUCCUUCAAAUAAUGAUCAUCAGUUCUUUUCUAGAAAUUGUUCUUAGAGAGUUCUAUAUUUGAUUUUUGUUUCGAAAGAGAAAGCUAUCGUAUUGAACUUUUUGUUGGUUAAUGAUUUUUCUUUAUUUGCUGGUGGUUAUAUCAUUCUAUAAAGUCACAAACUGUCUUCUUUAA